AUGAAGAACUUGAGGAACGCUUCCCGGAAAUCCUCCCAGCUGCGAGCUCGAGUUCUUCCUCGCGUCCUUGAGCGCAAUCAACUCUUUCUCAUCCGGGCGAUUCGAAAGGUUCUUCGAGGUAUGCUUCGCGCUCUCGCGAGAAAUGCCACAAUGCGGCGCCAUUUUCUGGGAAAUCCCCAGCUCUUGCAGGUCUCCAGAUUGUGCUCCACGGAUUCCUUGUCUUCGUCCUCCGGGGAUGAGGAGGAGGACAAUCCUGGGAUUGGUGCCUGGCUCAAGACUCUCCCGCCAGUUCCUCGCCGGGAGAUUGGAAGCGAGGGGCAGACGAUUAAAACGAGUGCGUGUAAGUGGGUGAGCAAAUGCUUGCCCGAGUUACCGAUCAGCACACUCUCAAGGCUUUUCCGGAGAAGGGCUAUUCGCGUGAAAAUGCUGGUGGAGGAUCCGGGGAGUGGAACAACGAGCACAAAAUAUCGGAGGGUGAAACGGAAUGCCAUCAUGCCGGUAGGAGCUCUGAUUUGCGUGCCCGACAGUGUGACGAAGAUCGAGGCGAGCAGCCAGUCUCACGAGCCGGAUGAUCCCACUGAGGAAGAGAUUGAGCAGCUCAAGGAUGCGGUGCUUUACAAGGACGAGGAUUUGAUAGUUCUCAACAAGCCACCAGGAUUGCCAGUCCAGGGUGGAAGUAAAGUCGAGAGGAGUCUAGUCUCCAUGAUGAGUUUGGCUCUUCAGUUCGAAUACAAAGAGCCUCCAAGACUGGUUCAUCGUCUCGAUAAAGAUGUGAGCGGUGUCAUGAUUCUUGGGCGCACUUACGAAAGCACUGUCAAGAUCCAGAGUUUCUUAUGCUCAAAAGACAACUUGAUGCCCAGCGGGAGUGUUGGGAAAGGCUUGGACCGGAAAUACAUAGCUCUAGUGAUUGGCUCACCUACGGCAGACAAAGGUUUCAUUUCAGCUCCACUGUUGAAGAUGGUUCUGGAGGAUGGAAAAUCCGAUCGUGUGUUAAUAGCGGCUGAUCCCAAGUCCGAGAACGCGAUCCCAGCUAUUACCGAGUAUCAGGUUUUGAAGCGUUCAGUACUGGGCUGUACGUGGCUACAACUACGUCCACUCACUGGAAGAAAACAUCAGCUCCGCGUGCAUUGCGCUCAAGGCCUUGGACUUCCUAUCGUCGGAGACAUGAAGUAUGGAUUCAACACACAUAAGAAAUGGAUGGCGGAAAGAAACAUGAACACGGUGGACCCUCAAGACAUCAAAGCGAGGAACAAGAUGGCAGGCAGCGUAGUCUCCAAGAAUCCUCUGCUCCAUCUCCACUCAAGGGAGCUUACCAUCCCCCGGCUGCGGAAGAAACCAGGCGCGGUGGACUUUGGCCUGGACCCCGAGCGGAUGAGAUUCGUGGCACCACUCCCGACUCAUAUGGAAUCGAGCUGGGAGGCCAAGCCAUACGUGAAGAAGAGGCCGGAGAAAGUCGCUGGCUGGGGAUGGACAGUUCCAAAGCGUGUGCUCAGGCUGCAACACAUGAACUGGCAGAAAUCCAAUAGGAACAUCUACAGAAGAUGAAAGAAAGUCCAGGAAAAGUAUUCUCAGUAUUCGGUUGUGCCAAGCUCGAGGGCUAUCAGUCAAAGUUAGAUUUUGGUCUCAAGAUCUUAUUUUUCUUCUCAGUUAGAAGCUCGAAAACUCGAAAGCUGGUCUCCGAAGCAAUGAAGUUAUCAAUCAAUCGAUCAAUCUAUCAGUAA